UAUUGCAACAACCUUUUGGUAUGAGAAGGAAGAGAGGUUUCCAAGACAUAUGCAGUGGAAAAGCUGAGUAUAUUAUGUUCUUUUAGAAAAAGCUGUCUUCCUCUUCAUAUGAAGUUCUCUGGGUUUUAUGAUCACUGGUUUGAAAAUAGCACAAUUAGCUCUCCCCAUGAUUUCGCCUCUGCUCACAUGCCGUAUCUCCGGAAUGCCCAAAGGUUUGAUGUUCAAAGGCAAUGGGCACUAGAAGAGACUUUCGUUGUUUAUCAUGGUGCUGCUGAAGUCUUCUGGGGUUGACAGAUGCUGCUCCAGAAGGUUAAUAAGAUGAAGAAAGCUCUUCCAGCUGGACCAUAAGAGGGAUUAUGUCUGAGCAGCAGAUAAACAGAUUAUUCCAGAAACAGACACUGCUUGUUUUUAAAACUUCGUCACUCUUGUUUUACCACUCCAGUCCCCCAGGCUAGAAGUGUGUGCAUUGGAGGGGUUUGUCCAGCUUUUACAUUCUGGCACCUGCUUUCACUCUUCGCCUAGUCGCAAGUCAAUGCAGUCCAAGGCUGGGAAUACCUGAAAAAUAAUAAAAGAGAAGACAUUUGAGGAUUUUAGUUCUUUAAGGAAACAAAAUUCUUCUACUUAAUCCUAAAUAUUCUUAUUUCCUCCAUGAUUGAUCUUGAAAAUUGUGAAUGAUCAAUAGACAGCAUGCAUCUGAAAACUGGAUUAAUAUUUUUGAUUAUUUGCCUUGCUCUCCAAGUUCAGGGAAGCAGAGAAAUCCCUAAUAAAAUAAACCGUGGUGAAGCCAAACAUCUUGCAGAUGCAACAGGGCCAGACAAAACAGAAAGAACAACAAAGAGGUCCAGAGUAUCAACCAUAAGGAGGAUAUUUGACAUGGCAAAACACCGAACAAAGAGGUCAUCUUUUUUCUCAACUGGUGUGAAAGUUUGUCCGCAAGAAUCAGUGAAGCAGAUUUUAGACAGUCACCAAGCUUACUAUAGAUUAAGAGUCUGCCAGGAAGCUGUGUGGGAAGCCUUUCGUAUUUUUCUGGAUCGGAUUCCUGAUACUUCUGAAUAUCAGAACUGGGUUACUGCCUGCCAGAGGGAAACCUUCUGCAUAUUUGACAUUGGCAAAAACUUCAGCAAUUCCCAAGAGCACCUGGAAAUAAUCCAGCGGCGAGUAAAACAUAGAACCUUCCCGGAAAGGAAAGAUGAAAUACCCACAGAGAAAACAGGUGGCAAAAAAAUGGAAGACACUCCUUCCAUUUCUACAGGCUCCCCUGGCACAUCCCUCUCUCCGUAUGCACCAGUCCCUAACAACACACUGCUCAACGAAAUUGUAAACACGAAGACUCCUGUGAAGGAGCUGGGAACAAAUACAGUCCCAGAACUGCCUGUGGAACAAAUGGUAGAAUUCAGUGUCACUCUCACUGAUCAAGAGUAUACAGAUGAACUUAAUGAUCCCAACUCCUCACAGUACCGACAACUAGCUGCCAAAUUUCAGCUACAGGUAAGGAGGCCGAAUGCAAAAAUAUUUGAGAAACUUCCAGGAUUCAAAGAAAUCCACGUAUUAGGAUUUAAACAGAAGAAGGAAAAAGAUGGAUCAAGCAGCACUAUAGCACGAUACGUGGUAAACUUUGAGAGAGAUGGCUCAGACAUCAAAGGUACAGCAGAUGACAUCUCAACUAUUGGAUCUAAUAAGGUUGAAAAUGAAAAAAUUCCACUUUCUCAAGAAGAGAGGGAGAUACCAGCAACUAAACUCACAGUAACAGACCUUCAACAACUGGUUGCCAUAGCACUCCACGAAGACCAGUCCCUGCUGGACCUCGGAACACUUCAGUUUACUGACGAAUCUAUUAUACCACCUAGUGAUUUUGAUAAUGAUAUCCAGGCCAUGGUCACUAUUCCUCUGGCAGGCCCUGAUUUGGAGGAUUCCAUGAGUGUGGAACUUCCACUAGGUUACCCCAGCCCAGCAACAGUGGACCAAACAGGAGACAUCUUGGUCAAUGAAUUUACAACUGGAGUCCCUGUGCUAAGAGAGAUCAGUGCCCCUGAAGACCUUAAUAAUUUUGUUUCAUCUGAACCUGUGUUCCCUGCCAAACCCUCCAGAGAACCGUUUCAGGACAUAACUCCUUCAGACACAGAAGAUAUCGCUACUGACCACCAAAGUUUCACAGUGCCUUUCAAUGCUCUGGGUAGCACUAGCAGUCCUCCAAAACCAGAGGAUUCCUAUUUGCCUCCUCCUGCAGAUGAUUCUGCUAGCAAUGACUUAGUCACUGAUGGCUGAUCUCCAGUGGAGCAGGCUACCACGCUGGCAGUUUAUACCACGGGUAGCUUUACCCCACCUAAUCUCCUGCAAGUGGGAGAUGAGAACAGUGAAGCUGAGGAGAAUAAAGAACUGACCGAUAUAACAGAACCACCUUUCAAGGAAACGGACCAAGAUAGUCUGUCUGGACAAGCAGUUGAGAUCACGGAUGAACCAGAAUCAUCGGGCGAUGACAUUUUAGUUACAGCCAGCACGUACAAAACGUUGCCUUUCUUUAUUGGUUCAAGUGAUCUCUCUACCACAGAGCCUGAAGCUGUCGUUACAGACGUGCUACCUUCAGACCCAACGGCACCGCGGCCUGCAGCAACCAGCCCGUCCCACAGCCACCCCAAGGUCCUCGAACAGUCCCUGGAAGUACCAGACUCCUCUGUGCCCGCAUCGAGAGCGCUCCUCCCGCCCCAGGAGCCUGAGAUCGCCGCCGAGUUCGGUCGCGUCGGCGGGGCGAGCACAGCGGCACUGGGUGAAGCGGGGCACGGCAGCGGUUAUAGCUCCGUGCUGACACCCGAGCCUACGGAAGCCACCCCCGCUCCCACGCUGAAGUAUGUAACUACCAGCUCCGCGACAACCGCAGCCAAAGGCAAAGAGCUAGUGGUUUUCUUCAGCCUGAGGGUAACCAACAUGCGCUUUUCCGAUGACCUCUUCAACAGGAGCUCGCCAGAAUACAAAGCACUAGAGCAACAGUUUGUGCAACUGCUACUUCCAUACCUUCAGUCCAACCUGACAGGUUUUAAGCACCUGGAAAUACUGAACUUCAGGAACGGAAGUGUGAUUGUGAAUAGCAAAAUGAAAUUUGCCAGGACAGUGCCCUACAAUAUCACAGAGGCAGUACACUGUGUUUUGGAAGAUUUCUGUGAUGCUGCAGCCCAACAGCUCAAUUUGGAGAUUGACAGCUAUUCUCUGGAUAUUGAGCCAGCUGAUCAGGCAGACCCAUGCAAAUUCAUGGCAUGUGACGAGUUUUCCGAAUGCGUAAUGAACGAGGGGACCAAAGAGGCUGACUGCCUGUGUAAGCCCGGUUACGCAAGCCAAGACGGAUUAGCCUGUCAGAGCCUGUGUGAGUUGGAACACCUCUGCGUCAAUGGUGGGAAAUGUGAGUUAGUUCCAGGAAGAGGAGCUGUCUGCAGAUGCCCUGUACGUAGACACGAGCUUUACCAAGGACAGCGCUGUGCAAAAUUUGCUCCAGAACCCAUACAACCCUUCAUUUUUAAACCUCUCAUUCUUGGCUUACUAAGCCUUGGUUUUCUUUUCAUAAUUGUAAUUAUUAAGUUAAGAAGGAAAAGCAAAAGAAACUCUAUUUUGCAAAGUCCUACUCUCAACAGCUGCAAUUCAGGAAACGCUCUCAGGAUUAACCCUGCUUUUGAACACGACGAACCCAUAACUAGCUUUUGUUAUACGGCUUGUAGUGUAAAUGCUUUUGUCAGUUCCUCAGAGAUCACUGAUCACGAAGCAUUACACGAACCUGAAAACACAAUUCAGCAUGGAGGUAAAAUGCAUGGAAAUCCUUUUCUUACCCCUCAAAAAGCAGCCCCACCUCAAAUAACAUGUCCACCUUCAUGUAUUUACUCUGAAACUAAAUCAAGUUUUAUUCUAAUCUCUUGCUUGGCAAUUUCAUAACUAAAAAUACUAACUCAUUUAUUUGCUUUCCACAUUUACGGCUGCGUAGGUUUCAUAACAGGACUGUAGAACCAUUUAUCUUACAGCUCUCUUGCACGGCUUUGGUGGUCCAUCCUAUCUGAAUGCUUUUUGUGAUUUAGCGGAAUUAUUAAUUUAGUGUUUUGAUUUUCUUUUUCCCCCCAACUG